GAUUGUGUUCACCAUGUUGGAUCGAGCGCUGCCUCUGGAUUCCUGGUAAUCGAUCAGCAGAAAGCAGCUCCACCGGUCCGGACCGCGGAGGUUCGGCUGUGGAGUUUCGGGUCCGUGUCGGUGCGACAGCGGCGGUUCCCCCUCGAGCUGGGUUCGUGAUGCGGCGCGCGGCUCGAGCUGCUGCUAGCUCCGGGCUGUCAGGCUGAGCGGCGCGCGGCGCGGAGCUGGGUCAUCCCGCGUUCACACGCACCGAACUGCUCGGGUCACGUGUCCCGCUGCAUGAGCACCUGUGGGCCACCGACCCGAAGCGGGCGGACGGACCGAACUUGAGAAACCGACUUCAAGGCUUUGCCAACCCCAGUCAUGCUCGCGGCCCCGUCCCCGCUCCGAACCUCCGUGGACCUGCGCCGCUCCGUGUGACUGAGUGGAACGGAUGGGGGCGGCGUGCUCCCGGGCCGGGAGACACCCUCUCUGCACCGGACCCCCAGCUCGGAGUUCACCUCCGACCGCGAAGUAGCUUCCUGCGCGCUCAGAGCAGAAAAGUCCGUUCGGAACAGCGCCGAACAUUUCUGAACCGCCAGAGCUGCUCGGUGGGAGGACUUCCGGUGCUGAUCCAGAGCGCGUGGACGCUGGACCGCGAUGCGGGAGAUGAAGCUGCGGCUGCGCGGCAUGUGAUGUAACCAAGGCCGCUGCUGUCAGGACGAGGCCGCCUCAUGAGGGCCGUCACGGGCCGCCAGCUGUCUUCCUGGACCGGGGUUCGGGUUCUGUUACUCUGAAUCCCUGAGAACUCUAGAGCGUGGAAGUGGGUCGUUGACACGAUGCUCCACAGACUUCCCCUCCUCUGUCAUUGAAGCGGGUCGUCUCAUGUUGGAUCCUCAGCGGUUCUGGUUCUGUUCUGGCUGAGUGUCUGCUGACCUUCCUCGUCUCCUCAGGAGGUGGAUGGCUCUGUGUGGCACCACCGCCGCCAAUGCUCCAAAAAUGAUGGCAGCUUACCCCGGCGGCUCCUCGGCAGUGGCUGCUGCCCAUCACCACCACCAGCAGCUCCAGCACCUCCCGCCGCCCCACAUGCACCACCACCACCACCACCACCACCACGCGGGCCAGCACCACCUGCAGCACCCAGGCUCCGCUGCGGCCGUGCACACGGUCCAGCAGCACACGACCGCAGCGGCGGCGGCGGCGGUGAUGCUCAACCCCGGCCAGCAGCAGCCGUACUUCCCCUCUCCCGCCCCCGGACAAGCCCCUGGGCCGGCAGCCGCCGCCGCUCCUGCCCAGGUUCAGGCUGCUGCUGGUGUCAAAGCCCACCACCAGCACCAGCAGAACUCUCAUCACCUCCAACAGCAGCUGGACAUUGAACCGGACCGGCCCAUUGGCUAUGGAGCAUUUGGGGUUGUCUGGUCUGUGACCGACCCCAGAGACGGAAAGCGAGUCGCCCUGAAAAAGAUGCCCAAUGUCUUCCAAAACCUGGUUUCCUGCAAGAGGGUGUUUCGAGAGCUGAAGAUGCUGAGUUUCUUUAAGCAUGAGAAUGUGCUCUCUGCUCUGGACGUACUUCAACCUCCACACAUCGACUACUUUGAAGAAAUCUACGUCGUGACUGAACUUAUGCAAAGCGACCUCCAUAAGAUCAUCGUAUCUCCACAGCCUCUGAGCUCAGACCACGCCAAAGUUUUCCUCUACCAGAUUCUGCGAGGACUGAAAUACCUUCAUUCUGCUGGAAUUCUGCACCGAGACAUCAAACCUGGCAACCUGCUGGUCAACAGCAACUGUGUGCUGAAGAUCUGUGACUUUGGCCUGGCCCGCGUUGAGGAGUCAGACGAGUCCCGGCACAUGACUCAGGAAGUGGUGACCCAGUACUACAGAGCACCGGAGAUCCUCAUGGGGAGCCGCCACUACUCCAACUCCAUUGACAUCUGGUCUGUGGGUUGCAUCUUUGCAGAGCUGCUGGGCAGACGCAUCCUCUUCCAAGCUCAGAGCCCCAUUCAGCAGCUGGAUCUGAUCACUGACCUGCUGGGGACGCCAUCCAUGGAGGCCAUGAGGACGGCAUGUGAGGGAGCUCGCGCCCACAUUCUCAGAGGACCCCACAAACAGCCAUCGCUUCCUGUCCUGUACACACUGUCGAGCCAAGCGACCCACGAGGCCGUGCACCUCCUCUGCAGGAUGCUGGUCUUUGAUCCCUCCAAACGGAUUUCAGCAAAGGACGCCUUGGCCCACCCGUACCUGGAUGAGGGCCGCUUGCGCUACCACACCUGCAUGUGCAAAUGCUGCUACACCACCUCCUCCGGCCGUGUUUACACCAGCGACUUUGAGCCGGUCACCAACGCCAAGUUUGACGACGGCUUCGAGAAGAACCUGACCUCCGUCAGACAGGUCAAAGAGAUCAUCCACCAGUUUGUGUUGGAGCAGCAGAAGGGCAGUCGAGUGCCGCUGUGCAUCAACCCCCAGUCUGCUGCUUUCAAAAGCUUCAUCAGCUCCACGGUGGCGCAGCCCUCGGAGAUGCCUCCAUCGCCGCUGGUGUGGGAGUGAGCGCCGCCGAAGCUCCUCCUCUUCCCUCUCCGCAGACCGACUGCUGACCUAAAGCAAGGACGCUUGGAAGCAUCGUCUGACUUCUACGUAGCAUUUCACUGGAGAGCAAGACUCACAGCCCGCCGUGUCUGAGCGGACACCACGGCCAAAUGAAGAAAGCCACUAAAACCUGCAUCCUGCUGCGAAUGACUGGACUGGCUCUGCCCAGAGAGGACUGGGGUUUGGUUGACCAAAGGAGAGAGGUUUGCAGGUUAAACACACUUCUCCUGCAGAAAUCCAGACCUUCCUGUUUCCUCUGACGAGCUGCUGGUCAGGACUUCUUCAGGUUUUCUGCAUUUUUCACCCAUUUUUAGUCUGGUCCUCAUUCCUGAUCCUCUCCACUGCAAUCUGCUGUUUGAGGUCCUUCCAGCAGAUAACAAAAACCCUCCAGACCCUUUUUGUAGUCUUAACCCCCCCCCCCCCCCCCCCCCUCCCACAGUGGAAACAGUAAGGACUUGACUGAAAAUGGUUGAAGAAGCAGAAAGUGUCCAAACUCUGAAGAAUGGAUGAUUCUUGAUGGAUCAGGUGAGGAGACAUGGUAAAGAAAGGAAGACUGCAUUGGGACUGUAUGACUACUGUUCUAUGAUACACGUAUAGAUAUAUAAAUAUAUAUAAAUAUAUGGAUCUAUGAAAACCCUCCCAAACUGAGCUCCCCUAGAGUUGGACCCCCGACUGUCUGCGUCUGCUGCAGUGGUUCUGUAAACUUCUGAAGACAAUCGAUUGUAACUUUGUGCUGGUAGGUGCUACUGACCCCUUAUUUUAUUAAAACGUGAUCUUAGGUACAUCUGAGUUUUUGCUGGCAGGAGGGGCUUAUUGUCGACACCCCUUCACCUCACGGCGUUCAGCUGUGGGGCAGACGGACUCGGCCAUGCUCCAAGACUGUGUGGGGGAGGGGUGGAGGUGAUGCUGAAGCUCUGAGACCCAAGGAGACCAACCCCCCCUGUAGGAAAUUCUGGGAUGUUGGUGAGAAGCUGCGUCCUAAGCAGCCGUCGGAACCCUCUAACGGAUCCCAGGGCACCCUGGGAUGAGGGGGAGGGGGAGUGCCACUCGUUGCUGGUCGCAUCCUCUCAACUGGGUUUGCGGGAUCUGAACCGAGAAGCCGGGUCCGUUCUUCAUCCUCAUCUGAGCCGUGAGGCCGGGUCCGUUCUUCAUCCUCAUCUGCACGGGACGCCCGCCCUCAGGAUUGUGGUUUAGCCCCUUCUAUCCAGGCACAGCUGAUCCCGGGUCACGCAUCACAGUAGCCGAACCUGUGUGGGCGUGCACGUUGUUUCUCAGAGUGCAUAUGCGUUUGUGGGAUUGUGGGACAGCAGCUCUCUUCUGGUCUCUACCUCCUGAUCCAGUGACCCGGUUCUGUUUACCUCCACUCACGUUUCCAGCUUUUUUACUGAUAGAAUAGAACUUCCUGCAGCUUUUCAGUCUGUCCUGUUUGUACGGCUGUCUCGACUGUUAGCUCCCAUUCUGACCCGUCAGAUCCUUGGGGGGAGGGGAAGCGCCCGCUCCACCUUCCGCUGGAUUCGGACCCACGGCUGGUUCCGACAGCUUCAAGCAGUCAGUCAUCUGCAGCCCAGGGGCCGUUCCCAGUUGAGCCCAUUCGUGUUCAUGGUGUGUCCUGUACAGACCCCUCUAGACCCCCAUCUAUUUAAAGACAGGACUCAGUUCUGUUCUGGGGUUCUGGUCCGAUGCAUCUCUGCUCUCAGCAGGUGUGGUGUUUACAGUUUGGUCCGUUGAUUAUUGGCAGAAAGGGCUUCUUGUUGGGCCCUUCCCCUUUAAACCAAGUCUCAGCAGUUUAGCUUGAAUGUCCAGAGAACGUCAAAACGUUAAAACUUUUCUACCAGCUCCCUUUUUUUAAGCCAGAGAGAGCUCCUCUGGCCCUCCAGGACCCUGCAGAGCUGGUCGUCCCAGACAGACCGGGGCGCCCCACAGACCCCCUGAUCCUCCAGGCACUUUGUGAACAGAUCACACGUUCAUUUGGGUUCCUCUUUGAAUAGAACGUGGUUGUCAUGUGACCAGGCUUUUGGUAUGAUGUGAACCGUUCUCUUUCUCAUAGUUUUUUAUCAUCAGCCUGUCUCACCAGGAGCAUUAACACAAGCAGAGUCGAGUUUAACGGACAAGCAGGACUUUGUUUAAAAUGACUUUAUUUCAGGAGAACAAAGGAAACUGUGCUGGGGGAAGGACAACCACACCUUAAACUUUUAGGAAGGCUUUGGGGACGAAGCUGGUCGUUGCGGGCCUCCUCUACGGCUGAUCAUGUCCUUCACAAGUGUCCUCUUGCCUGUGGCUGUUUUGGCUCUAGUUACCUGACCUUCAGUGACCUUGAGAUUCACCAUGGAUGGACUAAGCGGUUCUGGGAAAUGUGCAGCCUUCGUCUACAGAGACGGUCCGAGUGUGGUCAUGUGACUGUCCUCACCUGUCCGGGCCUGGAGGUGCUGCAACCCGUUUGGUUGUGAGGAAACACACCUGAUCCGACCCCCCCAGGUCACUCAGGUUGUUUACAUCCUUCGUGGUUUUUAGGUGAUUAAAUUAAGAUGGGAUCUGAUGGAUCUCAGCUUGGACCUAAGGGGCAGAAAUGACCCGGAGGGGCUGCCCGUUGACUGGAUGAGAACUUCUCAGGAAAGUUGUCAGCUGAUGGUGGAAGAGCGACUCCCCCUCCCCCCUCCUAAUGAUGUUUUUGUGUAGACUGUCAGACAUUUCCUCUGUGCUGGUUGGUAGUCCUGGGGCUGACAGGGCCACGCCCCUCUGCUGCAGGCCUGUAGGACCCGGGUAUGUGUGGGAAUGGAACAAACAUGUCUGUGUUCCAGCUCUGUGCUUCUCUGGACGACUGCUGGGUGAAACAAUAAACUUUGGAUGAAAGCAG